AUGUCAAUGUCCAGGAUUCUAUCAAAAACAGCCGCCCGUGCGGCAUCAACGUCCACGGCGGCGCAGACAACUAAAGCCGCCGGUGACAUCUCGUCUGUUUUCCCAAGUUUGAGACCGGACUACCAGCCAGAGCCUCUUCCCCCACGUUUUCGGGAUCUUAAGUUGAAAUUCUGGGAGAAAAAUGAAAAGGCUUUGAGAGAGAGCUGGAAGCGGCUCUUGCCUACCAUGGAAGAGGAAGUGGACAAGAUCAAGGCGAAGGGCAGUGAUAUCAUCCCUUCAGUGGACUACGCCGAUGUUGUGUCGGGCAAGAUUUCCGAAGCAGCUGUGAAGGAGAUCCGCCACCGAGGCACUGUGGUAAUUCGAAAUGUCAUUCCUCGGGACCAGGCCUUGGACUACAAGCAGCGCAUCCGUGACUAUGUCACUGCUAAUCAAGAGCGUGUGAAGGCUUUCCCCGCUGAUUCUCCUGCUGUCUACGAGCUGUAUUGGACUCCGUCUCAAGCGGAAGCCCGCGCACAUCCCAACAUGCUUGAUGCCCAGCGUUUCCUGCAGCGCCUGUGGCACUCGUCAGACCCCAAAUCCAGAAUUUCUACCUCCAACCCACUCACCUAUUCGGACCGCUUGCGAAUUAGGAACCCCGGUGACUCCAAGUUCACGCUCGGCCCGCACAUCGACGGCGGCUCCCUUGAGCGCUGGGAAGACCCCGAGUACUCCAAUGUCUAUGCCAAGAUUUUGGAGGGUAACUGGGAGCAGUAUGACCCGUGGGAUGUCCGGCAUCGUCUGGCUGCCAAGAUGGAUUUGUACAACGGCGCAGGCGCCUGCUCGAUGUUGCGCUUCUUCCAGGGUUGGCUAUCCAUGUCCGACACUGCACCCGGCGAGGGCACACUACAUGUGUGCCCCAUGCUUAUUCAGAGUACUGCAUACACAAUCCUGCGGCCAUUCUUUGAUGUGAAGACCCUCGAGCCCAACUUGGACGCUACUUUCCCUGGCUCCGUUGGAGGAGCCUGCCAGGAAUACAAUCCCGUUACUCAUCCGCACAUGAAUCUGGAGACUACCAUGGUCUCUGUGCCGGAGGUCGGGCCUGGUGACUUUGUCGGCUGGCACUGUGAUUCGCUGCACUCGGUUGACAAGGAACAUUGUGGCAAGGGUGACUCCAGCGUGAUGUAUAUCCCUGCUACUCCUCUGUGCGACAUGAACGUCGAUUAUCUCCUCAAGCAGCGCCAGGCUGCACUUUCCUACUCGCCACCUUGGGACUUCCCCGGUGCCGGUGGCUCUGGUGAGAUGGGAUUCCAGGGUGCGAUGGACUGGUCGUCGCUGAGUCCGGAGGGACAGCGUGCCAUGGGUCUCGGUGAUAAGCCAUGGGAAAUCAUUGAUUCCAUGAGCGAGGGUGAGAAGGAGGCUGUGCGGUCGGCUAACAAAGCCUGCUUCAGAGUGUAA